AUGUCUCUCCGUCCUUUGUCGAAUAGCCUUCGUGCCCGCUGUCUUCUCCGGCAACCACAGAACGUCCAGGGAUUCUCGACCCGAAGCACCCUUCGUGCCGCUGAUCAUGGCGACCACUAUGACCCUCCCAGCGGAUGGCUUUUCAACGUCAAGCCGGGCCAGAAGUACGAGAAGGAAGGCUGGGAGAACAUUUGGUACUAUGGAUUUAUUGGAAGUUUGAUUGCUGCUGGUGUCGCAUACGUCUUCAAGCCAGACACCUCGAUACAAACAUGGGCUUUGGAAGAAGCACGACGAAGGCUGGAAGCUGAGGGCAUCCUGGAGGAUCCCCAGAGAAAGUAA